UACUUUGAAACUCUCUGUUCCGGCAGAAAGAAAGAAAGCCCUAUCCCCUCCUGGUCUGUUCACAGGCCCCUUCUUUGAAGGCUCAACCUCCUUAAAUUACUGCUAUUCUGUAAACCCUAACACAACUCUCGAUUCACAGAGAUCCCGCCAUGGCGACUGGAACAGCACCGCGUCAGCUCUCGCAGAAGGAGGCCGACAUCCAGAUGAUGUUGGCCGCCGAGGUUCAUCUAGGCACGAAGAACUGUAACUUCCAAAUGGAGCGUUACGUUUUCAAGCGUCGAAACGAUGGAAUCUACAUUAUUAACCUUGGUAAGACAUGGGAGAAACUUCAGAUGGCUGCCAGAGUUAUUGUGGGUAUUGAGAAUCCACAGAACAUCAUUGUUCAGUCUGCAAGGCCUUAUGGUCAGAGGGCCGUCUUGAAGUUUGCUCAACACACUGGGGCUCAUGCAAUAGCCGGGAGGCAUACCCCUGGAACCUUCACUAACCAGCUUCAGACCUCUUUCAAUGAACCACGUCUUCUGAUACUUACUGAUCCUAGAACUGAUCAUCAGCCCAUCAAGGAAGGUGCCCUUGGAAACAUUCCUACAAUUGCCUUUUGCGAUACUGAUUCACCAAUGCGGUAUGUUGAUAUUGGGAUUCCAGCAAAUAACAAGGGGAAACAUAGCAUUGGAUGUCUUUUCUGGCUUUUGGCAAGGAUGGUUCUGCAGAUGCGUGGAACAAUUCGUGCAGGGCAUAAAUGGGACGUGAUGGUGGAUUUGUUUUUCUACCGAGAACCUGAGGAGGCCAAGGAGAAAGAAGAAGAGGCUGUUGCACCUCCAGAUUAUGGCAUUGCCGAUUAUGGUGCUGCUCCACUUGUUGCCUCAGAUCAAUGGGCUGGACAAAUUUCUGAUGCUCAGUGGGGUGACCCUGAUGUGGUUCCACCACCUGUAGCUGCUGCAGUUGUGCCACCUGUUUCGAGUGUUGAGUGGGCCCAAGAGCCAGUUGCUUUAGCAUCAGACGGAUGGGAUGUUGCAGUACCACCACCAGCACCUCCAACCGAAGGUGCUGCGCCUCCGGCUGCCAGUUGGUAGGGUACUAAGGGAACUAUCGAGAAUUCAUUAAUCGUUUUAUGAGUUUGCUUGUUUAUGUAGGGGUACCACCUUUUUUGGUUGCAAAAUUGGCUUGCCUCUUUUCUGAUAAUCCAGUUUUAGAUUUUGAGAUUGAAAUUUUGACUUCAACUUUGGUAUCUUGGUACAAUUUUUUUGGGAUAUAUGGAAUUUACUCACCUCAAGUUUAGUGGACA